CCCCCCAAAAAAAAACUGUGAUGCCAAAUCUCUCAAUGGCAUUUCAUUCGUGGAUUUAUCGCUGGCUGUGAUCGUGCACUUAGAGAAGACCCGCUGUGUGCACGUUUGGUGUUUCUUGCGUUAAGUUUUUAGGAGAGAAUGCGCGUCAUUUUGCGAGGAUUGUCGAGGUGCCACCGGGAGUGAGAGUCGGGCAAUAUGCGCCUCUGGGAUAUGCUUUUCAACCGUAAGGCUUAUGGAAUAUAGCCCGGUCUGUCACAGCCUGUAUGCCCUCUGGUCCAGCCCCGUGAAGAAGAAACUAAUCCUGCUCAGCAUCAUGUUCUUAAUCUGGGUAUACAUGCUGUACUCCUGCGUGGGCUACUGCUCCACGAUGCCCAGCGUGGUGGCGGACGGUCACCGGGGCAAGGAGACCGGCGCGGCCGCGGGCAAGAGGACCGAGAGCGGCGGGGCGGACCUGGUGUCCAGACUGCUGGCCCAGCCGCAGCCGUGGGAGGACGUGGAGAGCGACUACGAGGAGCCGUCCGUCAGGACCGCGGCGUCCAGGGACCUGCUCAACGACGAGCUGGAGGCGGAGCGGGCCGACGAGUGGGACGGGAUGCGCGCGGAUCCGCGCAGAGCCCCGGAGCCCAGCGCCAUGUCCAGCUUCUCCAACGGCUCCGGCAGCAAGAAGCUGCCGCAGGCGAUCAUCAUCGGGGUGAAGAAAGGCGGCACCCGGGCUCUGCUGGAGUUCCUGCGGGUCCACCCGGACAUCAGGGCCGUGGGAGCGGAGCCGCACUUCUUCGACCGCAACUACGAGAACGGACUGGAGUGGUACAGGGAGCUGAUGCCCAAGACUCUGGAGGGCCAGAUCACCAUGGAGAAAACCCCCAGCUACUUUGUGACCAGAGAGGCUCCGUCCAGGAUAGCCGCCAUGUCCCGGGACACCAAGGUGAUCGUGGUGGUGAGGGACCCCGUCACCAGGGCCAUCUCGGACUACACGCAGACGCUGUCCAAGAAGCCCGACAUCCCCUCCUUCGAGAGCCUCACCUUCAAAAACAGGACCACGGGGCUCAUCGACACCUCGUGGAGCGCCGUGCAGAUCGGCAUCUACGCCAAGCACCUGGACAACUGGCUGCAGUACUUCCCCAUGGAGCAGAUCCUGUUUGUGAGCGGCGAGCGGCUGAUCAGCGACCCGGCCGGAGAGCUGGGCCGCGUGCAGGACUUCCUGGGCCUCAAGAGGAUCAUCACGGACAAGCACUUUUACUUCAACCAGACCAAGGGUUUCCCGUGCCUCAAGAAAGCCGAGGGCAGCAGCAAGCCCCACUGCCUGGGCAAGACCAAAGGGCGGACCCACCCCAACAUCGACCCCGAGGUGGUGCAGCGGCUACGGGACUUCUACCGGCCCUUCAACAUGAAGUUCUACCAGAUGACGGGGCAUAACUUUGGUUGGGAUUGAUGGGAAAAUCAUGAAAGACAACCAACAAAAAAAUUGUCGGUUGGUCAACAAGUUUUUUUUUUUUUUCUCUUCUGUAAUUCAAUGGCAAGACGUGGAGAUAUUGCUAUAUAUAUGUAAAAUGUACAGAAAUCUAUUUUAUAAUAAUUUAUUUUUAUUUCAAAGCAAUUAAUUCACUAAGCUGCCUAACCAUAUUUGUACAUAACAUCUGGCCCACAUGUUGUUUCUAACAUUCCUCAUUUUAAAUCUUGACUUCUCUCACCCUCCCUCCCCGUGGUCCUGUACACUCUGCGGAUUCAUUGGUGCGUCGAAAAAUGCAGAUAAUCAGCGUUUGACUGAAGCGUUUGCGGAAAGUAUAAAAGCACCACAUUACGGGUACAGAGUGCUCACGCAGCAGCGCCCUCGUUCAUACGUGCAUCAUACCGUCAUCCUUUUUCCGAACCCUCUCCUCGUGAGGGUGAUUCUCUCUGUAGCGCGUUUCGCCGCGAUCCGAUUCCCCCUCCACCGGGCCGCAGACCUCGUGUCCCUUUCCACUCGAUAACCGUUCAGAUCAAUGGGCCUAAUUGAUCCUCAUUGUGUCACUCAUGCUUAAAGCAAAACAGCUGCCCUUUCAUUCUGGGUGCUCCCGCUGCCCGCUCUAAUGAAUGACCCAUCCAUCAAACGCUAAAUCCCAUCCCCAGGACCACAUAAGGGCCCGUGUUAACGUUAUGCUAAUCGGGUAGAGGUAACUGGCAGAUCGAUCGGGCCCGCCGCUCUCCGGCUCCCCAUUAGAGGCGGCGUCGGGCUGAGGGCCAGGCUCUCUGCCCUAUCCGCUGAGUUCAAAGGUCGCACAAAGUCUCAAUCCCAUUUCCUUGAGAGGCAUUUGAUUUGCCGAGGCGCAGCGCCGAGGGGGUCAGGGGAAGGCCGUGUGUGUGCCUUGUUUCCACUUAAAAAUAAACAAAUGACACAUCUUUUGGGUGAGGAAUACCUGUCGGGAAUCCAGCAUAAAGGUAAAAAAAGAUCACACCAACUUGGCUUAACUGAAAGUCCACCGGGCCGCUCCUCCGAUCCCAGACUAAAGACAUCAAAGCAAGAGGAAAGGUUUCUGUGAUGCCCUCGCAAAAUGGCAAGAAUUGCCUCAGGCGGUGCGCGGGGGGGGCGUCAGUGUCUAACCUCUCUGGUGUUGUAAGAAAACCCCAUGUGCCAUCUUCCAUGGCCUAUAUACUUUAUGCCUUAUUCAGUCACACCUUCGCCCCCAACCGCUGGGUUGGUAUAACAUUUCACGCAGCUUGAGUUGCUAUCUUUGCGCGCCCCUCCCCCCCCCCCACCCCCUAGUCCCCCUACACCAGUUCUGUGUUUUUGUCAUUCUACUUGAAUUGUUGAUAUGCAAGAGGGAGAGAAUGCGUGGUUAUCAUUCUUUGGUGUGCAGCGGCUGGCCCGUAUAUAACGGAGACGGCCCCGCUUUGCUAUGCUAUGCUAUGCUAUGCUACGCUACGCUAUGCUACGCUGUGCUACGCUAUGCUAUGCUAUGCUCAAUGUUGUGGCACGCAUAAAAAUGCAGGGAUAAUGGUAAGGGAUAAUUAGCAUCCAGAGGAGGGCUGUAUGUGUUUAAGCAGGGCCAAGACUGAAUGUACACAAUCUAUCCUCACACUAAAAGUCCAUUUCUAAGAUCAGAUUGUCACUCCGUCAUAGUUUAAAGUCACAUUUGAUUGUGUCUCUCUUGUUUUCAAGUAAGGAAACUUGGUGUGCCUCUUUAAAUAUCCACACAACACAGUCAGCCUACUCUUGUCAUGAACCCAAUUCAGCUAUUUCACUUAUUUUCCAGUUUAAACCAGCUGCCUGGUUUAGCCUCCAACCAAUGUUUGGGAUGAGGGGAGAUGGAGGUUUUUGCUGUAGUGCCAUUCUUUACGUUCACUCAGUUUGAGCAAAGGUACUCUGAGUGAGGAUUUAUGGAGAGAAAGCCUUCAUCUCCUUUUCUUCUUAGUGCAAUUUUGUAUUAUUAAAAAGAAAGCAUUUAUGAUGACCUCUCUCAGCGAGCUGUCAUAUUCUGGAAGGAAAGUCUGACAUUUCCACUGUAAUUGAUGGAAUGGCAUUUGAAUUCCGGUCAGGUUCAUGUAAUUGAGGGGAAUAUAUGGAAGAAAAAAAAAACUACUUGCACUCAUGGGUUUACUCCGUGUUGCUGCAUCGGUUAUGGUUGAGUUUUAUUCAACCUGCUGUGAGAUCUAAAAAUGUUACAAAUGUUUGUUUUACCCACAUAUAAUAUUUAGA